AUGCGAGGCUGCGCCUUUGUCCUGAUCCUGGUACCGCAAGGUCUAGCAAUUGUGUGAUUCCAAUGUGUGCCUUAUCUCGCAACUACGUUUAAUUUGACAAACCAAAAUGCCCAAGGUUAUUGGAUAUACACCCCCUUUCCUGUCACGACCGUCGUCAGGCUCCAAAAUCUUCACAGACCCCGAGCCUCAAUCGCCCGCCUCUCCCUCCAAACGUUCCUCUUACCUUGGCGCACUUCCCUCGACACAAUACCAAGGACCUAGGAGGUUGGUCGCUAGUAGGGGGACGGAGAUAUUCACGGUUGUGGGCAAUAAAAUCAGAUGGGCAGAUCUCAGCGCAGUUCGAGAUGAAUGGGAGGAUAACACCCAGUCUGGCGCCAGUCGGUUUGGACUGUCUCGCUCUGACGCAACGGAAGCGACAGGAGACAGUGUUUACAGAACAUUAGCUGUUCCUGUCUAUUAUCAGAUUCGCCAGAUUUUGAUCUCCCCAUCCGGGUUUUUUCUGGCCAUCUGCACAGAACAUACCGUCCACAUCGCAGUGCUACCAGAUCCGUCACGGCUGAAGGAGCAUGACCGCUCACUAUUGAAAGUGAAAACGUAUCAGCUUGGCCCGACGGUCCAUGUCAUUCCGGAAUCUCCGCUCACAUCUGUGUUAUGGCAUCCAUUGGCCUACUCCACUGCUUCCACCGACUGUCUUGUCACUGUGACUGCUGAAGCAGCAGUUCGACUAUGGGAAUUUGACAAGGCAAACAGCUGGUCCCUUGACCGUCCAAGAUUGGCCAUAGACCUGCGAAAGCUCGCCGAUGGCGUUUCGUGCGACCAAGACUUUGAGCCGUCCGGCUUUGGCAAAAACCGUGGAUUUUCCGUUGAUGAUUUUGACAUGGAAGUUUCUGCUGCAUGUUUUGGUGGUCGAGGCAGAGAGGACGAAGAUGCUUGGGCAAGUAUGAGUCUCUGGGUUGCCAUGAGGAACGGGGAUUUGUACGCUCUGUGCCCGUUGCUGCCAUCAAGAUGGAAGCCGACAUCAACCACUAUCCCCUCGUUAACCACGACCGCUGUCUCACGAAUGGCAUCAAUCAAUGAUGACGAGACAGACAUGGAUGAAAGACGCGCCGCCGACCAGCAAUAUGAGUGGGUCCAGGAAAUCGAUAACGAGGAGCCCCAGAUUCAACAGUCGACGGAUAGCCUUGGUGAGUUUGAGGUACGGUUCAGACCGCAGAACCCGAGUGCCAUUCCACGUCUCCAAGGACCCUUUGCGAUCGUCCCCGAGGAGGAUGCUUCGGAGAUUGAGGUGUCUGAUAUCCAUGUGUUUCCUGCGAAGCUUGAUGAACAAGAUCUGUUCGAUGGGGAGGAGGAUGAUGAAAUCGACCGGGGCCUCGUCCAACCUAUCCCCUUUACGACCAUUUGUGUUGCCACACCUGAGAAUCAAAUUUGGCUUGCCAUCGAUCUUGAGGGCGUGACAGGACAGUGGCUCCCCAAGAAAGGGAAAAGCGCAUUUGGUGUGCCUUCAUCUGAUGCCACGCCCUUGACAUUGGUCGAUAUCGUUACGCUUGAUGGAUCGACCACGAACCCGGCAGCCAACUGGCCUGUUUUCACUCCAGACAUUGCCUACAGCUAUUCCUUUUUUGUGACGACUUUGAAGCAUGUCUACUCAUUGUCUUUGAAUGAUUGGGUCACUCAGCUAGGUGCCGAACUAUCUGGGACUGAGCCUGUCGAUCCUGGCAUGAGGACCAGGCUGGAAACCCGAUGUCAGAAUCAAGUCUGUGUGACUGACAAGUUAGUGGAGGUACGUGAGCCUUCUGAGGCUCUCUCGGCCCCGACCAUCAUUGACGACACAUCACUCGGAUACUUGCUCUUGACUGCAACCUCGAAUGCUCCCUAUGGAGUGGUUUUCGACCAGUCGCCUACAGGCCCCUCAACUGUCGGCCCCUCAAUUACAGAUUUCACGAUGUCUUCUAGUCGUCUAGAAUCUCAACUCAUGAAUAUGCCGAUGUCACCCAUCGAAACAGUCCCUGCACGAGAGCCAUACUGUCCUCCCAAAAUCUUCUACUUCAACCAGCAUAUUCCCAUUGAUUCCAUGCGCCAACGUCUGCCGCCACAUCUCAAAAAAGCCAUCGCCGAACAACCUAUACGUUUGAGCCCGGCCAUGUUAGAGAUCAUGACCUUCACACACCGUACAGUCGGGGUGCAGUCUGCUCAGCUAGAGAAUGCAGCAGCGGAACUCUUCCGGCGUUGCGAGCGUCUAAGAAUCGAACUUGCUGGUCAGGUCAAGCAGAUGACUGAACUUGCCCAACAAUUGCAGCGCCUUACCGCUACCACGGAGGAGGAUGAAAAUGGCAAUAUCAAGGAGAAGAAGACCCCUGAGACGAGGAUCAAGGAGGCACGAGAGAGGCAGAGCAAGCUGGUGGCAAGAUAUGAGGCACUAAGAAGGAAGGUGGGACGUGUCGGAUCGGCGAACAGAGAAUUGAGCUCAAAGGAACUGGCCUGGAUGCAUGAGAUUGAGAGUCUUGGUCAGAAUGUCGGCAUUGUGACUAAAGAGGACGGAGAGCAAGAGGGUGACGGAAGAGAUACCGCUCUCGACAAGCGAUUUGCAACGGUCAAACAAUUGACUCGUUCCCUUGUGGAAGAAGCUCAUAGUAUCGAGAAAAAGCACCAACAACACCCAAUCUCGCCGAAAGGGCCCCCAACCCUGGACGCAUCCGUAUCCUCAAUCUCUGCAUCAUCAAUCACGCCAUCAAUGUCAGCGUCCCAGAUCACUCUUACGUCUCGCUCCAGUGGAGCUGCCGCUUCUCCGAGAAGUGCCAAUUUCAGUGCACUGGGCGUUUCUAGUCGAUUGCAAAAAGAACGCAUUGCGGAUAUCAUGGCCACGGUUGAGAGAGAAGGUGCAGUGAUUGAGGCGGCCAUGAAAAGACUGGAGAGAUUGAAAAUGGAGUACUAGGAGUGCUUGUGGACGGGUCCUGGUUCUGGAGAGCUCUCCGGUCGUGCAAGAGGAAUUGCUCGAAGGCGGCGACGAUGUACAAAUACUAGGAGGAGGUAGUCGCUUUGAGAAUACAGUCGAAAAGGACAACCGACACCAAUCACUCGGAAUGUAUUAGCACAAGCUUCAUUCUUUGUGUUGACUGAUUGUGGCUGGUGGGGAAUGAGUGCAACUCCAUCUACCGCAGCCUUGUCGGAGCCAUUGGUGUACUGGGUCACGUGUGGCUUCAGCGCCC